ACAAGGAGAUGGACAUGGCCAACCUUUCGGGCUCACCCGUGCACAAGGUUGGAUUCCCCCCCAGAAGGAACUUUGCGAGAGGUUUAACCGACGGCUUGAAAGAGACCUUCUUUGCCGACGAUCCAUUACGGCCUUACAAGGAUCAACCGCGGUCGAAGAAGCUCUUGUUGGGGCUUAGAUUUCUGUUUCCGGUCCUCGAAUGGGGAAGGGACUAUGACUUGAGCAAGUUCAAACGGGACAUUGUUGCUGGACUUACAAUUGCAAGUCUCUGCAUCCCUCAGGAUAUCGGGUAUGCAAAACUCGCAAACAUGGAGCCAAAAUAUGGACUGUAUUCGAGUUUUGUUCCACCUCUAGUUUAUGCAGUGAUGGGCAGCUCGAGGGACAUUGCGAUCGGACCAGUAGCAGUCGUGUCACUCUUACUCGGGACCCUUCUUCGAGCAGAAGUUGAUCCGGUGAACGAUGUCGAGGAGUAUCGGAGGCUAGCAUUCACUGCAACCUUCUUUGCUGGUGUCACUCAGGCAGCACUGGGAUUCUUAAGAUUAGGCUUCCUGAUCGAGUUCCUUUCUCAUGCUACCAUUGUCGGAUUCAUGGGGGGUGCCGCCGUUACGAUAGCCCUUCAGCAGCUCAAAGGAUUUCUAGGCAUAGACAAGUUCACCCAGCAGACCAAUAUAGUUUCAGUUAUGAAGUCUGUGUUUAGCUCGGCUAGCCAUGGGUGGAAUUGGCAGACAAUACUGAUAGGCUCAUCCUUCUUGGCUCUCCUUCUCGUGGCUCGAUACAUUGGAAAGAAGAAAAGGAACCUUUUCUGGGUUCCUGCUGUUGCACCUUUAGCUUCUGUUGUUUUGGCCACUUCUUUCGUCUACAUCACUCACGCCAAUGAGCACGGUGUGAAAAUUGUGAGAAACAUAGACAAGGGGAUCAACCCUCCGUCGGCUCAUCAGAUACAUUUCACUGGUCCAUUUGCCGCGAAAGGACUAAGAAUCGGGAUGGUAGCAGGAGUAGUAGCUUUGACAGAAGCGGUCGCGAUCGGUAGAACAUUUGCCGCAAUGAAGGAUUACCAAUUGGAUGGAAACAAGGAAAUGGUGGCACUAGGAACCAUGAACGUGGUUGGCUCCAUGACAUCUUGCUAUGUGUCUACCGGUUCCUUUUCGCGCUCAGCAGUGAAUUUUAUGGCUGGCUGCCAAACAUCAGUUUCGAAUGUGAUUAUGUCGGUAGUAGUGAUGCUAACCUUGCUGAUCCUCACACCUCUCUUCAAAUACACCCCGAAUGCCAUCCUUUCCGCCAUCAUAAUCUCGGCCGUGAUUGGUUUGAUCGACUAUGAAGCAGCAUUUCUCAUUUGGAAGGUAGACAAAUUCGACUUCAUUGCAUGCGUCGGAGCUUUCUUCGGUGUCGUCUUCAUUUCAGUCGAGAUAGGCCUCUUAGUCGCGAUCUCAAUUUCACUUGCAAAGAUCCUUCUGCAAGUGACAAGGCCAAGGACUGCUUUGUUAGGGAAUAUUCCCGGAACUAGUAUAUAUCGAAAUAUCGAACAAUAUCCCGAGGCAACAAGGGUUCCGGGGGCUCUCAUUGUGAGAGUUGAUUCUGCUAUUUACUUCACAAACUCAAAUUAUGCCAAAGAAAGGAUCCUUAGAUGGUUGAGAGACGAAGAGGAGCAACUAAAAGAAAACUGUCUACCGAAAAUCGAUCUACUGAUUGCCGACAUGUCGCCUGUGACGGAUAUCGACACCAGUGGUAUUCAUGCCUUGGAAGAGUUGUAUAGGAGCCUCAAAAAGCGGAAAGUCCAGCUCGUUCUUGCGAAUCCCGGGCCGGCGGUGAUCGAGAAGCUCCAAUUGGCCAAGUUCAUCGAGUUGAUAGGGCAGGACAAGAUCUUCCUCACAGUCGGAGAAGCGGUGAUGGCUCAUGCACCGAACACCAUGGAAGAGGCAUGAAUUCAAAGAGAAGAAUGCGGCUACUAAGACGAGUUUUAUGCGAUUGUAGUUUGUUAAAAUAGACUUAAAGGAUCUUGAUCGAAAGACUUAUUAAA